AUGGCUGUGCAGUUAAGAGGUGAAGCCGUAAACAGCAAAGAAAAACGAAGAGUACUACAAACUUUGGAUAUAACUGAUUCCAAAUCGACAACUGUAAAGUCGUCGUUAUCAUUUGCUGAAAAUUCCAAUAAGAUUUCCUUGAUGUCAAGACUUAUGAUGUCCCCUCAACAACUACCCUCUGUCCGGGACAUCUUUAAAGCAACAUCUACAUCAGCUCCAGAGCCUCCUAGAGAUAUUUUGAAUGAUCCUCCAUCAACAAAGCUAAGGCACUCAAUGGGGAACCAGUAUAUUCCAAGAUCAGUCCCUGGCAAAAUCCCGGUCAAUUCCGCCAACCCCUUGCCAACUUCUACUUCAGCUGGUACAACCCCUAAGGUUCCCGUAUUCCAUAAUGAUCCUUUACCUGAAAGGAGACUCACAGAACCUACUAUACCGUCUAUGUCCCUCUUUUCACAGCCUGGCCAAACACCAUUUCUGUCAGGUCGCACGUCACACCCCGUUCAAGAAGCAUUGCAACAAAGAAGUAACUCGUUGGAAGCAAAACCAAGGGGGUCUAUCGAUUCGUUACCUCUGCCCAAACUAGUUACAUACAUGCAACCUCCACAGCCAGCACAUGCCUCACCUCUGCUUUCUAAUCCAGGUCCACCUCCCGCACAGGUUAUUGUAUAUCCUCAGCAACAAGGUCCUUCAUUAGGCCCACCUCCCGUCACUUCUUCGACCAAACCAGUUGAAGCUCCUAUGUUAGUCUCAGGCCCAACUGUACCUUAUGGCUCACAACCAAUCUCUCAACAAGUCGCAUUAGCUGGUAAUCCUCCUCCUCCACCACCACCUCCUCCACAACAGGCAGAAUUCUACUAUGCAUCCAACCCCUCCAACGCUUCACAAUCUCAACAUUAUUCCAAAUAUUACUACUCGCUUAAUCCAAUAACAGGAGAACCUAUUGGAGUUACUGCUAUUCCCAUGGGCCCUACGACGGGAAUGAUUCAAUCUUAUCCAGGAGGAGUACCAUCUGGUGUUGCUCCAAUGCAACCUCAGCCUCAAGUACAAGCACAAAAUCCACUACCACCACCUCCUCCACAGCUUGGCCAUGGCUAUUCACAGCAGGUGGGCUCUACACCAGGCUCUGCAGCUUAUCUCGGGCCACCACCAGGUACACAUCCCAAUGGAUAUCCUAUGUUUCAUUAUGGCUUCCAUUACAUGGGAAUGUAUGACCCCAAUAGUGUUGGGACUUAUGGGUUUGAUCAGAACAAUGCGUUGAUGAAUAAAAGACGCAUAAUCAAAAGGAGAACUAGAACGGGCUGCCUUACAUGCCGCCGAAGAAGAAUCAAGUGCGAUGAAAGAAAGCCUGAAUGUUAUAAUUGUGAACGAAGUGGGAAAGUAUGUUUGGGAUACGAGAUUGUUGAUCCUUUAAACAUGCGCAGAAGGAAUACUGUUGCCAAUGGCAGUUUGCCCUCAAAUGCAUCCGAGAAUGAAGAGUCGAGAAUAAAGAAUGAAGAAAAAUCACAACCAGGAUCCCCUAAAAAGCUGGUGCUUGAAAAAGAUCACCAACAUGACCAGGACCAUGACCUGCAAGAAACAACAAUAAAAGACAGAAAUAAUGCCAAGUUACUUUCUGUUUCAAAUUUAUUAAGUCAAUGA